AUUUCUUUCGAAGUCCGACCUCCCCCCUCCCCUUCCCCUUGCUUUUUUCUCUCCGAAAUCAGACUUUCCGGCUCCAAGCAAUUGUUGGGGGUGGCGACCGGCUGCUGCUGAGAAGGCCAUUGGCUCCUCCUGGGAAGCCCGAGGGUCUCCCGAGUUUAAACCCGCGGACGUCCGGGCGGGGAGGCCCAGUGGGCAGAGAUGAGUCCUGCAGGUUUCCAGCUCUGGAAGGAUUACUUCCAGUUGGCGAAGCUGGUGGAAGGGAUGAGCCGGUGCAGCCGCUCCGAAGAAGAGCCCGGCCUGCAGGGGGCGGAAUUCCCGCCGGAGCAGCAGCAGCACCAGCGGCGGCAGCAGCACCAACUUCCCCCGCGGCGUCCGCCGGUGGGCGAGGCUCCCCUGGACCCGCGGAGGCCAGAUAGGCUCGGCUGCUCUUUCUGCAAGCAGAACGGAGAGUCGCGGUACAUCUACGCCUCGCAUCGGCUGAAGGACGAGGCCGGCCGCGUGCAGUGCCCUAUUUUGAGAAAAUACACGUGUCCUCAGUGCGGAGCGUCGGAGGACUUCGCCCACACGAGGAAAUUCUGCCCUUUAACCAAGAAGGGUUACAUGUCCGUCUACACGACAUGCAUCAGGAACUCUGCUGGGAAGAGGAAAAAAAAAGGCAAGUCGCCGAGAAAACGAGCCGGUGUUGCUUUCCCUUCAAUAUAUACUUUAUAUAUUAAAAAAUCGUUUUCCCCCCAUCCCAGAUCUGAAGGCAACCGAAACGCAUCGGCAGCGGCUAUAAUCAGUUGGUGA